GGGGGAUUUUAGUGUAUGACAACUUUCCACAGUUUGUUAACAUAUGUUUUCAAGCUUGUUUUUUCUUAUUACCAUGUUUUGGCUUGUCCACAGAUCAACUUUGAACCUCUGCCCAACAUCCGUCCUCGUCCUGGUACAGGAGAAAGAGAGCCUCCCAUCACAGGCAAGCCCUUACCUGCGUCCUUUCCCGGCCAGGUCACUGGUGCUGCAGUCCCCGGUGCUCUACCCACCGAUGAGUGGUUUGCUGAGCCACAUCAAAAUUUUCCAAGGAACCAACUGCAGUACGUGAGAGAGAUUGGCAAAGGAUGGUUUGGCCAGGUUUUGGAAGGUCGAGCCACAGGAAUAUUCAGUGACCACACCAAAGGUGAUUCUCCUAUCACUUCUACAGUAACACCCAAUACUUCAUGUCGAAGUCAGACCUUGGUUGCUGUGAAGGUCCUACGUGAAGAUGCCACCCCAACAGAACAGAUGUACUUUCUCAAUGAGUUGAAACCUUAUCGUGAUUUGUCACAUCCAAAUGUUCUGAAAGUUUUGGCACAUUGUUUAGAAACAGAACCACUGUUAAUAUUAAUGCAGUUAUGUCCUAGGGGGGAUCUGAAGGCUGUGGUGAAACAUGACAAGGGUCUCUCAGAAUCAGCAUUACUGCAUAUGAUCGUAGAUGUUGCAUCUGGACUCAUGCACAUGCAUUCUUAUUCCUUCAUCCAUACGGACCUCGCUGCAAGAAACUGCGUGGUCGAUGAAGAUUAUACGGUGAAAAUUGGGGAUUAUGGUAAUAACCUAGAAUUUUACAAAAACGAAUAUUACUGCGCUGGAGAGGUGGCCCUGCCAUUAAGAUGGUGUUCUCCAGAAACUUUAAAAUGUACAGACACCACCAUAGAAACAAAAGAGGUUACUAGAGCAGCAAAUGUCUGGAGUUUUGGAAUAAUAAUGUGGGAAAUAGCAAGUAGAGGACAGAUGCCGUACACAAACCUCGAUGAUGACCAAGUUAUACAACAGGUCAUUGUUGACCAGUCCUGUAUUCUAAAUUCUCUAGAGGCCCUUGAACUACAUGCAGAUAAACUAUAUAACAUUAUGAAGCAGUGCUGGUACCCAGAAUAUUCCCGACCUCCUAUGACUCACAUUUAUUCUUUACUGAUGCAUUUGUGGGAGAACUCAUGUGUCACCUGCCAUGAUGAGUCUUCCAUGAGUGACUUUGAGCAAAGGUGGGACCAGCUGCAGCAGCAACACUGCCGUGAUCAUAGUAUUGUACACGCUCCCAACACUUCUGAUCUCAGGUUUGAAAGUGACUUCAGUUUGUCAGCAUCAGGGCAUCAUCAUUUUGGAGGGACUAUGUCACCGAGUUUGCAGAAUCUUCGAGGUUCAGUAGAGGACCUAGAUGCUAAGAUGGCAGCCAAAUUUGGUUCAGCCCUUCCUUCAUGGCUUGGAGUGGAACCAGGUCAGCCCCUCGAUAGUUUGACCCAAGAGAUAACUGAUGCAAUACUCAAGUUGGAUGAUUACUUAGCUGGGGAAAAGUCAGAACCCAGCACUACCCAGGCAUCACCAGAGAAAGGUGGAAUAAAUUUUAAGCUUGGUAAAGAUUCUUUUGUUUCUAAUCCUCCAGAAUCAAAGCUUGCCAGAGUGGGCAGAAUGUCUGUUGAAGAAGGAAGUGGACAUCCAAGUUUAACAAGAUCAUUGUCAGAAGGAGACGAUGAGGGCUUUACAAUGAGACUAGAACAAGGAGAGUUUACGGAGAUGGUGAGAUUGAAGAGCCAGAGUGUCCAAGACUUCAUGAAAUUAACUGUAGUAGAUGAUGGAAGUGACUCUGAUAAUGCCAGUCAGCGAAAUUCCUUAGCAUUUGAACCUCUAGCUCAAGAGAAAACCUGUUCCAGUGAGGGUAAUAUAAGAGAGGCUCUCAGGGAUAUUAAGUUUAUGGGGGAGCUUGAGAGAUUACAAGCACACCACAGAUAUUCAAUUAUUUCAGAAACAAGUAGAGAAAAUCCAUCAUCUAUAGAAUACAGAAUCCAGGACUUUAACUUUGACCCAUCCUUCGGUCAAUCAGAUAUUCUCUUAGACUCAGAAGCAGGAUCCACAGAUAAAUUGGCUACCAGUACAGAAUCAGAUAAUUCAAAUAACUUCCAUGAAAGACAAAACAGUGAACAGGAUCCUUUUUUAGGUGAAAUUAUCUCCUCUGGACUUACAGGGGAGAAGAAAAUAGACAACUUGGAUACCAAAGAGGAAAACAGCAAUUCCACUUAUUUAGGGGAUAAUUCUGUGGGAUCAAAACCCCUUCCUGCAUCACCAGAUUGUGUUGUAUCUUCCAGAGAACCUAAACCAGUUGCUCUUCCAGAUAUUGUUGUACAUGAUGCUAGUGUAAAGUUGAGUACCCCAAGCCCACCACCUGUCGAUAGCCCAGUUAAUAUUAUAAACAACAAUCAGCCAAAGGAAUUUCGUUUCAUAUUCGAAGAUCAAACUGACCUAUCCUCAGCUGGUGAAUCCAGGUUUACAUUUAAGGAUGGUCAUGAAAGUCUGUUCCAAGCUGAUUCUGUGAUAUUUAGUGAGAAUAUUCGAAAUAUAGACUUAAACAGAGUUGGUGAGUGUGAAAGCAGUAAUAAAAAUGAGAUUAAUUACCAAAGAAUUAAUAAUGUUAAUAAGAGUGAUUUGUCUAUAGUAAAGCAGCCAUUGGAAAAUGAGCAAGAGGAAGAAGCAAGGAAAAUAGGUGAUCUCAGUAAAUUCCUUACAUACAUGCAGGACAGUUUUAGGGAGAGGCUAACAAGUACCCCAUGUAAAAAAGGUAACAUUGGAAUUUCAGUACGAACAGAUGACAUAGAUGCAGAAAUGUACAAAUCUGCAUUAAGUAACGAGGAGAAUAUUUGCGAUACAGACUCUGAAGGUGAUAAAGAAUUUUUGUCUGUUAAUGGGAUGACUGGCACUUCCAGCAGCUCAGGUGAAGAAAAAGUAGAACAUGUUAAUACCAAUGUGAGAAGUGAGGAAGAACAUCAAGUAUGUGACGAUGAAGACCAGAAUGAUAUCCCUAGCUAUAAACCAGAACAGAUUAUUAAAGGAGAAGAUGUAGUGAUUGGAGCUUUAGAAGAUUAUUCACUUGAACUUUAUAGAGCUGUAAAGUCCACAGAGAUUUCCUUGUCAAAUGAAAAGCCCAUGCAAAAAUCUUCAACAUUUGAGGAAAAGGAUGACAGCUAUUCAUCAGAAGUACCAACAGAAUCUUCAGUGAAGGAGAGUAGCAGAAUAAAAAAUGAUUCCAUGGAAAUUGAAGUUGACUUAGAACAGUGGGAUAAAUUUCUUGGCAGUGCAAUGAAUGGCGACAAAAUUGGCUCAGAGUCAGUAUUUAAGGAAAGUUUUGAAGACAAUACAUCUGCAGAUAGUAAAUUGGCAAGGGAUGCAUUAGAAAGUACUUUUGAAGAAAAAGAACAUAGUGUUGAAAGUAAAAUAAAAAUGAAAUUUGACGAAACGUGUGUGAAGUGUGAUGCAGUGAAUAAUCCAGAUUUAAGUAGCACUUUUGAACAUAGUACAUGUGAUGAAAUUUGUGACAUCAUGACUAAUGAGAGGGAGGAAGAGGCUGACAGAUCAGAAUAUCGCCCUGAAGUUGAUGUAAGCGUAUUCUUUGGUUCAGAUUCAUGUAUCACUCGGGAUGUUCACAACUCAUCGUUCGACAUUCCUGAUAGUAGACCAAAAUCUCAAAAACAAGUUUUAAAUUUAAAAUCAUAUUUAAAUGACAUGACCAGUCCACAGUCUAAAUGUAGUGAUGAAUCAUAUGUUACAGCAUUGGCAUCACCAAACACAAGGGAGAUGCAAAUACCAACUGAUGUCUCUGAUCUUUAUGAAACCCCAACACUACAAAGUGAUGGUGACACUUGGACACCAGUCACUGACCCCAGCUCUCAAAGAUCCAAAGACUGUACAUCUCGAAAGAUUCCUCCAGAAGAUAUUGUGCAGUGCUUGCAUAGUAGCUCAUCUGUUAUUUCUGACACACCAGAGUCUUUUAGCAGUAAGAGAGAAGCAUCUGUUGAUGGUACUUCAGAGGAUUUUUCUCAAAAUUGUAACAAUGAUAUCUUAAAGCCUUGCAAAGAUAUACAGGCAGCUAAAAAUACCUUAGACACAAAAAUUGCAGAGCCUGUAAAUAAAUUCUUGAUUACAGAUGAAAAUACUAUAUUGAAAGCUAUUAGUGAUAACAGUGAUGUGAAGCAGGGUUAUGUCAAAAAUCAAGAUGUAGUUUCUAAAGAUUCACCUACUCCAAUUGACUCUGGAAUUAGUUUAACAUCAAACACAUUAAACUAUGGAAAUGAUAGUCCUGCAUUUAAUGUUGAAUGUAGUAUACAGAGAUUAGAGGAACUGGAUAGACUUAAACAGAAAAAUAUUAUAAUAAAAGAGGAGGAGGAAGAUCUGUCACCAAGUGCCUACCAAACUAAAUUGAGGUUUGAUAAUAGUUGGAAUUCUCAUAAAGGUCAGGAUUCAGUUGUAGAGAAUGAUGAAACAGAAAAUGGAGACUUUUGGCAACAACAAAUGAUGGCCUGGCAAGAGGCAGCAUUUCAAACUCGACAGCUCCUUCAACAGGCAGCUGGUGGAAGUGGUACUUCAUUAUCAGAACACAAGGGCUCGCAGGAAGAUUUAUUAGAUUCAAGCCCUCGGAGUGAUAGCUCUUCCACAAAAAGUCUCUAUUCAUCAUCUGAUAUGCUUAGUUUGGAUGAUGAAGGCACUUAUAUUUCUUAUAAUACUACAGAUGAUGAAGAGGUGCUUGGGUACAAACCAGAAGACAUCAAUGCCUUACGAGCUGAACUGAACCUAAAACUUGGGGUUCUGCAUGAAGACAAAGAACAUUCAGAGCCUGAGGAGCCAGAUGAUACUUUAUCAUCAGACAGAGAGAAUGUUACUAUUAAUUAUAGAGGCAUUUUGACAACACUUUCUCCAAUUAAAGAAGAAAGUUUCUUGGAAGAUGAUGAUUCACCUUCAAAAAAGAACACUAUGAAAGAUACUAACAAUGUAGAGUCUGUACAUGAUCAGAGCAUUGAAUUUGAAGAGCCAUUUACUUUGACACUCAGUGAUACAUUCAUUGUUAUUGAAGAUGCUAAAGACCUUGUUAAUAGCCAACAGCCAGUAUUGGAUCAGCCCUCUACUGAAGAAAUUAAAGAUGUUUCCAUAACAAAUGACGAGUCUGGUGAAGGAAAAAUUGCUAAAUAUGAUAAGGUUGAUGAACUGCAACAUAAUGCAAGCAUAAAGGACACCUUUGAAACUAUAAGUGAAUUUUUAAGUCUUGAGAAUGCUCAUGAUAGUUUAAUAAUGGAAGAUCUAGAUGAAGAGCAUGGUCCAUCAUCUAUUCAGAUAUACAGUUCAGGGAACAACUUUGAUGCAGAAGACAUCUUAGUUGUUGAUAUUGAAACUAAUGAAGCUAAGAUUGUUGACAGAGGAUUACCCAGGAGUCACUUGGCUUUCAUAAAUGAUCAAGAAGAACAAGAAGAUACAAAAGAUAUUAGUUUCUUUGCUUAUGAAGAGUCGGAUGACGUAGCUCCUGAAUCCAUUCCAUCUAUUGGAGGAUCAAGAUUUGAUGAAAUGCGCCAUCGUGAAGAAUUCCUUAAAAAUAACCCAUCUUGGGAAAAGCCAGGGAGCAUAAAACCUGAAGGCUAUAAAGAGGAUUCUGAAUCUCAUCCUGAGAGAGAAUUUGUUGCUGAUAUACUCUCAGAAUCUCCACAAGGGAUUCAGGUUCCACAUUACCACUCAUAUUUUACCUCUGCACUGAGUACCAUAUCACAUCCAAAUGCCAGUAUAGAGGAACCUGUGCUUUUUGAGCAAGUAGAACACAUUUCUCUUCCAUAUGAUGUGAAUUACCCUUCAGCUGGUGAACAGAUGCAUAGUUUAGAAGAUUUUAGUGAGCAAGUAGAGGAUAUUAAAGAUCAUAUUAGCCAAGAAGACAAAGAAGAGGCUAAAAUUAGUGAAAUUGAAGAUGAUAAUGAUGAUGCCCCUAUCAAACUCAACUUUUUAGGUAGACUGUACUCUGAUGAGUCUGAAGAAAAAGAUGAAGAGAAAAAUAUGAAAUGUCAGGCAAGGGAAGCAACUCUUCUUUCAGAUUCUGAAACUGAUGAUAGUGACAAAAAGGCUGCCUAUCCUAAGACACCAGAACCUGCAGACAUUACUCAAAUGAGCACCUCAGAAUUUUUGGCAUCACAGAAUUAUCUGCAUUCAACUUAUCAGAUAACAGACCAAGACGAUAUUGAAGAGCAGAUUGAACUAGAAGGGUAUGAUGAAGAUUCUGAAGAUGAUGAUGAAUAUAGCCCAAGACAAAGCCCCAGAAAACUGGAUCAUGUCAAAUUGCAAGAGACCGAAGACCCACGAUACACUCCAGACUGGGAGAGUGAUUCAGACAGUGAUGGAGACAGUUCAUCGACCAGUGGCGAAUUCAUGUGGAGACAAGAGGAGGAAGAGAAAGGAGAAACUAAAGAAGAUAGAGAAAGACAAGAAGAGCCAGGGGAACAGUGCCAGCAAUCCAGUUACAUCCUGGAUGUUAUUGAAGAGGAACCAGAAGAUGAUGUGGAUAGAGUAGAAGAUGGAGACUUUUCAGAUAACUCUGAGAGUGGAGAAGAGGAAUUUACCCCCUCCAAGUGGAAUUGUGAUCUUACACCCUCACACUCACUCCUCAAGAGUCCUCAAAAUAGAUCUAGCUUGAAGAAAAGGGUACGUUGGAAACGUCAGCGUCACCACAGAGUGUAUGAAUAUCCUCCAGAGCCACGUUCCUGGGAGCCUACACCCACAGAACCUCAUCGACGAUCUUGGGGACGCUCUUCGUUAGACUACCUUAGCCUUGCAGAUUGGGAGCUUGGAGCAGAUGAAUUUAUAGCAGACGACAGUGGUGACAUGGAAGAUUAUGUCUACCGCAAACCCAGUCGGCCUGCUCCCCCUCCCCCUCUAUAUAGUCUAGGGUCUGUUGCAUAUGACGAUGCUACUGAAGGAUUUCUUGUAGACAAUGGAGAAUUCUUUAUUCGUUCAUCUGGUUCACCUUUUACAUUCACCAGUUCAUCAUUCUCUGCCUCAGACUUUUUUCCUGGGAGUCAUUCUACUGAUUAUGAUGUAAUAUUUGGUGGACCUCCACAAACUCCCGGACCCUCGGAGGGUUUGUCAAGCAGUGUGGUAGAGGACACAAACGAUGAAAGUGACUUGAUGUAUGCUGAAGAACAAACACUUCAAAAUAAUUGCAGUGCAGAAGGCAGUGCAUCAGCCACUGAUAUCACCUACACUAUCCCAAGUUAUUCAGUAGCAGAGGAGAGUGAACAGUCAUCCCCUUCUAAUACUGGCCUUGGACAGCUCAGACAUACUAGAGAUAAAUUACGUUUGGAAAUACCUACUAUAUCUCUGGCAAGUGAUGCUGCAAAGAGCACUAUAAUUACUCUUGAAAAUAGUGAAAGUGAAUUACAAAAAUAUAAUGACCAAAAUUUUUCAAGUAUGAAUAUUAAAAGAACUGAACCAGAAGUUAGUGAAGUUUGAGUUAAAUUUCACUUAGACUGAAAAUUUGAACAUAAAUUUGAACUACGCUUAAGACUGUAUCAUAAAAGUUUUGUGCAUAUAAACUAUUUUGUAUUUAUAUCUCAGGACAUUGAAAUGAAAAAAUAGUCUAGGUAUUAGAUACAUGUAGAAUGAUUAUCUUUGUACAGUCAGUGUAACAUAAAUGAAGUCUGUGAGGUAACUGUGACUUCAGCCGAACACAUGUACAUAUCUGAAAUUGUCCAGGUACACUAAUGAAGUGUCUUCACUUCAUUCUGUGAAAUGAGGUGCAUUCGAUAAUCAGCUUAUUCAUAUCAAUCCAAAAUGUGUGAUGGGAUCACAAAUAUACCAAUGUUACAUGUAAGGGAAAUGAAAUAUAUUUAUAAUAUAUAUUUUUUCAGUAUUUGUAGUGUUUAAUGGUCACGUUUGCCAGCUGAUUGAUGUCAUGCUACUAAAUGACAAGUGUUACAAUUCAGCAAACUCUUAAUGUCUUGUUAUUGAAUUCUGAGAGUGUUGGCCAAUUUUCCUUUAAUGAGAACUUAACUCUCUAAAGAUGACACAUUAUGUACUUUACGAGUGUUAAAAUUGAUUUUCAUUAAUAUUACAAUAUACAUAUAUAUAGAUUAUAAUGAAGUGUGUGUAAAUAUCAUUUUCAAAAGGUUGGAGGAUUUAUACUUAUUGUUAAAGUGAAUGAAAGUGACACUGCCACCAAUUCUAAACCAUAAAAACAGCUUGGUAGGUUCUUUCUGAUUUUGGACUAAAAAUGCAUGUAAAAUUAGCUUUUCAGUAAUGCUGCUUAGGUUUACAAAUGGUGGAAGUGUCAUGCACAAAGCACAAUUAGUGCCUCUAUUGUGUCUUAGGAAAAAACAAUGCUGCCGUCCACAAUGCCUCUUGUAUAUUCCAUUAUGCACUGUAAUGAAUUAAGCUUUUUUGUGGAAACUGUUGGAUCAAGAAAGGGGAUUUAUUUCAAUGACAAAUGGAACAGCUGAACAGGCAUAACUCCAUGCACUUGUAUAUAUGCCAAUUAACCUUGGUUGUAUUACAGUGAAGUAUCAUCAGUAUUUUGAGGAUAUGUACUUCUAACCCUUUCAUGAUUCAUUUGUUUUAAAAUGAUGCUUCUUAAAAGUACAUUUGUAAAGACUUGCAAAAAAAAAAAAAUCAGAUAUACAAAUUUAAUAUACUGCACUGUACUUAAAUAUAAAGACAGGUAGCAACCUUCAUAGCAUAAUUUCCAGAUAUUUUUUUACUUGGCAAUGCCAAAUUGUAGGCUCUAAUUUCAGCUUAAAAUGUUUCAUCUUUUUGUACUCUAGUAUUUGUUGGUUGAAUUCUUAAUUUAAUGUUUAUUGAUCUUGGUAUAUUAACUGUCAAUAUCCUGAUAUUAAUUGGAGCAUAAUUUAUUGGUAUUGAAUGCCAUUAACGUUAGUGAGAAUUCAUGAUUUUUUACCAGAAUAAUGAUGAUUAUGAUGCUGUAUAUUAAAAUAUUAUAUGUUGAAAAAUUAUGGAAAUUAAGGUGUUAAAUGAAAUGAAAACAUAAAAUUUUUGACAAAAGCAUAUGUACCUCAUCUUUCUCCCAUGAGUGUUUAGGUUAAUUUUGAAAUAAAGACAGUUUUAUUUAAAGUACAUGAAUACAAAUAUACAAGACCUAUGAAUAUAUACUCUUAUCAUCUGCUUUCAUUUUAAAUCUAUAUUUUCACAUUACUUACAGUUCAAACAUUAGUCAUAUGAGAAUAUCAUCUGGUUAGAAAUAUGAAAUUUUAAUAAAUUAUUGUAAUUUUUUUCUAAGAAAUUAAUUACACACAUUUAAAAAGAAAUUGGAAGGGUAGUAAAUUUUAGUCAAAUUUGAGAAAAUCAUUAUUUGCUACUUUUGUAACAUUAUUGCAAUCAUUUCUUCAUUAUGCUUAGGCUGUAAUUCAUAAAACAUAUAACACUGUAUGUGUGUGUGUGUGUGUGUGAUAGCCCAUGGACCCUCUACCUUAUAAAGAUAUUGAGCAUUUAGAAUGUGUUAAAAAAAGAAGGAUUAUUUAAUAAGUUAAUUAGACCUGUAUUUAAUAGCUCCUAGAUGUCUUAUGUUUCUCUUCCCCUCCCCUCCCCCUCCUCAGUAAAUAAAAACUAUAGGUUCACUUGCACCUUCUGCUGUUUAGACUAAUAUUAUUGUUUUUUGCAUCAGUAAGCUAUCUGUUUUCACUUGUUUCUAGUUUCAGUAUUUGAAGGUUUUUAUUCUGCCUUCUCUAUGGUUUUUAUUUUUCUUAGGUGCUUAUGGUUUUACCCAAGACUGCCAUGUUUGUUCUACAAUUUAAGGCCUGGCACUGUUUAUGAGUUAGAAAUAGAUCUAGCAAUAAAUCAGUUAAAAAAGAGAGAUUAGAUAAAUGAUGUUUAUGUACUAAAAGCUAAGGUUAUAGCUUGAUGCUUUUGUAAUAAUUGAUCUCAAGAGAGUAAGAUGCUCAUCCUCCCUACCACAAGCUACUGCCCCAAAUUAUUAUUAUAUUAGAUAACAUAUGCUCUCUGGUGUAAAUGAUAUACGUAUUUGCUAAAAUCAUCCCCAUCAUAAUGGGAUUCAUAGUGUAAAAGUAAAGAAAAAUAGAAAUAGUUGAUGAACUAGAAGCACUAAUUUUUGUAUGAGAAUUCAUUAUUAUUUUGCAGUUACUUUAAGUUCAUCAAUUAAAUUUGUUAUAGCAUAGUUAUAUUUCUCUAUUAAUGGCAUUGAUGCCCUUAAACUGUACAAGUCUUAUAAACAUGAUGAACAUUGUAGUUGUCUAUUAUAAUGUUAUUGAUCAUACAGAGUCCAUAAACAUUAUAGAGAGAUGUCCAAAUGUUUAUUAAGAUCUGCAACACAGAGAUCCAUUAUCAUUAUUUCUCACUCAACAUUCCACUUACAAUCUAGUCCUUCAGGUGAGGUACAAGGUUCUUCAGGUGAGGUACAAGAACCAUAAUGAGGAAUGAGAUUCCUCAGAUAAGAUGAAAAAGUUCCUCAGGUGAGGUACCAAGUACUUCAGACUUGACCCAAGGUACCUCGUGUGAGGCACGAGUUUGUUACACAUAUCCUCUGUGGUCUAAUGUCUAGCAUUUGUGUGCAUAGGUUAGGUUAGGUAUGUUAUGUAUUUUAUUUACACAAAAGUUCUGAUAGAAUAUAUUAAGAUUCACAAAUAUGGUAAGGUGGUUGUGUAUAUUUAUUUGCUGUCUAGUACAGUAUUCUGGUGUAAAUGUUUCCUUAUUAAACUCGCCAAAAUUA